GUCUUCCUUCCUUUCUGCCUUUCUUCCACCUACCCCUAGUUUACUCAUGGUAAAGCUCAAAGAAGAGAGAAUGAAGGAGAUCAGAAUGGGAGUGCUCGUACUUGUUCUGAUAUUAAUGCUCUGCAUCAUGAGCUCUUCUUCACACACUGUGUGCCAUGGGAUCAAGGGCAGUAGUAGUGGAAGAGGUCGAACAGGGAGGAAGCUACUUUCUGGGGCAAUUCUAGCUCAGCAGCAGCAGGAUAUGAGGGUUGAUGGCACGGUAAAACCCGUCAACCAGGCAGUGGUGAGCUUCAGGAGGAUACCACCUUCUAACUCGAACCCCACCCAGAACAAGUCACGUCCUCGAGUGAAUGGCCAGGGGAACCAGUGAAUCGCAUGAAGGGGAGAGGGACUGGUGGCUUGCCGAGAGAGAGAGAGAUAGAGAGAGAGAGAGA